GUGUGCGACGGAACCACCGACAGCGGCGCUCGUCGAUGAUGUAAACGCCGCCUGUCUGACAGCUCAAAUGACUCCGUGGGAAUGAAGGCACUGUCUCCAACAAUAAACCACCACUUCACGCUGCGAUCCAGUUAAAUAAAAAUGAGCUCGGAUUAAAUCGAUCUGAACUUUAAUCCGUUGACUCGCGUGGCGGGCUGCAGCAUGUCGUUCCUCGUGGACUCCGUCAUCAUGUUCACCUCUCAGGUGCUCUUCUUUGGUUUCGGAUGGCUGUUCUUUAUGCGACAGCUCUUCAAAGAUUACGAGGUGCGGCAGUAUGUGGUCCAAGUCGUCUUCUCCAUCACCUUUGCCUUCUCAUGCACCAUGUUUGAGCUCAUCAUCUUUGAGAUUCUUGGUGCAUUAAGCAGUAGCUCCCGGUAUUUCCACUGGAAGCUGAACUUGUACGUGAUCCUGCUGGUGCUCAUCUUCGUGGUGCCGUUCUACAUCGGCUACUUUGUGGUCAGCAACAUACGCCUGCUGCAGAGACAGAAGCUCCUGUUCGCGUGUGUGGUGUGGUUUACCUUCAUGUACUUCUUCUGGAAGCUGGGCGACCCCUUCCCAAUCCUCAGCCCCAAACACGGCAUCCUGUCCAUCGAGCAGCUGAUCAGCCGCGUGGGGGUCAUCGGGGUCACCCUGAUGGCCCUGCUGUCGGGGUUCGGUGCCGUCAACUGCCCCUACACCUACAUGUCCUACUUCCUCAGGAACGUGACGGACAGCGACAUCCUGGCCCUGGAGAGGAGGUUGCUCCAGACUAUGGACAUGAUCGUCAGCAAGAAGAAAAGGAUGGCGAUGACGCGGCGCCAGAUGUACCAGCGCGGCGAGGACCAGAACAAGCAGACGGGCUUCUGGGCCAUGAUCAAGAGCGUGACGUCCUCGCCGUCGGGCACCGAGAACCUCUCCCUGGUGCAGCAGGAGGUGGACGCCCUGGAGGAGCUGAGCCGGCAGCUGUUCCUGGAGACGGUGGACCUGCAGACCACCAAGGAGCGCAUCGAGUACUCCAAGACGUUCCAGGGGAAGUACUUUAACUUCCUGGGAUACUUCUUCUCCAUCUACUGUGUCUGGAAAAUCUUCAUGGCCACAAUAAACAUCGUGUUCGACCGCGUUGGGAAGACGGACCCCGUGACGAGGGGGAUCGAGAUCACCGUCAACUGGCUCGGCAUUCAGUUUGAUGUGAAGUUUUGGUCGCAGCACAUCUCCUUCAUCUUGGUGGGCAUCAUCAUCGUUACCUCCAUCCGAGGUCUUCUCAUCACGCUGACCAAGUUCUUCUACGCCAUCUCCAGUAGCAAGUCGUCCAACGUCAUCGUCCUGGUCCUGGCUCAGAUCAUGGGCAUGUACUUUGUGUCCUCGGUGCUGCUCAUGAGGAUGAGCAUGCCUCUGGAGUACCGCUCCAUCGUGACCGAGGUCCUCGGAGAGCUGCAGUUCAACUUCUACCACCGCUGGUUCGACGUCAUCUUCCUCGUCAGCGCGCUCUCCAGCAUCCUCUUCCUCUACCUCGCUCACAAGCAGGCGCCCGAGAAACAGAUGGUCCUCUGAUGACCUCUCUCUCUCGUUCUCUCUCUCGCUCUGUCUCUCUCUCUCGCUCUCUCGCUCUUCCUCUCGCUCUCUCUCUGUCUCUCUUUAUCUCUCUCUCUGUC